AAAGGAUUCAAGGUGGCGCACGUGCGAGUUGUCACAGUGGCGGUGCCCGUGGAUCCGUCAACGACGAAUAAGGUCUUCAGCAAUCUUCGGAGAGUUUGUUUACGCCGCAGGCCCUGUUUCGUGCGCGGUGCCGGUUAGCUUUGUGUGUCACGCACUCACGCAAAACCCUGCAAAUCAACACGAACUAUAAAUAGCCACGCACAUGGUUGGCUUGCUUGGUGGUGUGUUUUUGUUUUUCAAAUCGUCGCACGUAACCAAGGGCUGGCAGAUGACGGUCCCAGAAAGAAUCGCGAUCAAACGUAAUUCGUGUUAACAGUGUCAGAGCGCACUUUCUCGUAUUCGGAUCGAUUCGUUUCGGUCGCCUUUCAAAGUGUUUCACGACACAACUUUGUCGCGGCAAGUGAAUGCGCAUCUCCUUCAAAUUUGGGCCGCGAGCAGAGGAGGGCAGUGGGGCACCCAAAACCCCCGCAACACAGGGCGAAGGUACCAAAACGCUUGAGAACGUGACCUCCGUUCGCGCUGCUUCGUCACCGAAGGCGGAAGCCACGAUGGUACAACCUUGAACGUGGAUGUUGUGGAAAUGGAACGACGAUCAGCUGUGUUUCCUCGGCUCCUGCUGUCGCUGUGUUGGCGCUUCGUCGGCAGUGUAACGUUGCUCGUGGUGCUAACCAUCUCGCCGGUAAGCGCAGCGUGCGACAGCGAAAAGUGGUAGUGAGCUCGGCCAGUCGUCGGUUUUCGAUGGUGAUAUAACACCCACGACCGGGACCAGCCAAGGUGAGAGUGCGAAGUUCGGCGGUGGGCGCUGCUCUGACUUCCCCGGAAACGGCCUCCAUUUAGACUGAACGAAUGCAUUGAGGGCAGCCCACUGGGAUCCUGUGCAGCCGGCUGCUGUGUGGCAACACGUGAAAAUAUGGAUCGCGAAAAGAACGAAACGUCUUCCAACUCGGGCAUCGCGGGAGGCGCUGCCGGGUGCAUUACUCGCUUCAUUUGCCAGCCGCUCGACGUGCUGAAAAUACGCUUCCAGCUUCAGGUGGAACCGCUGAGCGAACAGCACGUGACGUCCAAGUACCGCACCAUAGCGCAAUCGACUCGCCUCGUGUACCGCGAGGAGGGGCUGCGCGCUUUCUGGAAGGGCCACAACCCGGCCCAGGUUCUGUCCAUCAUCUACGGGAUGGCACAGUUUUCGUCCUACGAGCGUUUCAACCAUGUGAUGCGCACGAUCGACGUGUUCGAGCGGCACCAUAACGUGCGCAACUUUAUCUCCGGCGCCGCGAGCGGCACGGUCGCCACCGUGAUUACGUUACCGUUAGAUGUGGUGCGCACGAGACUGAUAUCGCAAGACCCGGGCCGAGGCUAUCGCAGCUCGGUGCAGGGACUGAAGCUUAUCUACCUGCACGAGGGUGUCCGCGGUCUGUACCGGGGCCUGGGGCCAAGCGUACUGCAGAUAGCACCGCUCACCGGCGGCCAGUUUAUGUUCUACAACAUCUUUGGCAGCAUGUUUCGACAGUAUUUUAAUAUAAGCACGAGCGAGACGCUGCCCGCCAUCGAGCUGUUUAUCUGCGGUGGGCUGGCCGGCAUCUGCACCAAGCUACUAGUGUACCCCCUCGAUCUGGCCAAGAAGCGGCUACAGAUACAGGGGUUUGCCAAAAGUCGCCAGACGUUCGGCCGCCACUUUGUGUGUGAUAAUAUGUUCCACUGUUUGUACAGCAUCGCCCGGCAGGAGGGCUUCAUCGGGCUGUACAAGGGCCUCUAUCCGGCGCUGCUGAAGGCGUGCUUCAUGUCUGCUUUCUACUUUGCCAUCUACGACGAAAUGGUGCUCAUCUUGAACCACUGAUAGUAGCAGUCCCUAAAUCGCCCCUCACGCCUUUGCCAGCACGCGACGCAUAAUGUUUAAGCAGCACCGCUCGAAAAAUGCCUUGUUAUUGGAUAACUUUACUUCAUCAAACAACGUAGCAGCCAAAAGACUCUCGUCAGGUUUAGGUGCCGGGCGUGACAGUGUAGUACUUUAAACUGCGAAACAAGAGUGCUUACCGAGCAGCAGCAGCUUGACACAGAAGAUUGGUCUCUCUUUAGAUGGGGCUGCGCCUACAAUCGUUAUUCAGCGCGCUCAACACAUAAUUACGUUUAGCCGUUUGUUUUUAAAUUAAUUAAACUGAACUACCUAGCAUACGACACGAUCCCAGUGAUAUCUUGUCCGAUACCGAAUGCGAAUGGAUAAACAAGUCUCAGGAAGUCUAAUUUAAAAGUAAGAAAUGGACGCUUGAACGCGGAAAAUAUAUUAUUUGCACUACAUCUGCUGCCACCAUCGACGCUCUCAAAGGAACUGGUUACAGGUAACCGUAACUUAUUAUUACUACUAUUAUGAUUAUUAUUAUUGUUUCUCGCAUAUCCAGCACAAUAGGAUAAUCGACAUCGCUAUAUUUUAGCUACAUUCUGCAAUGUGUUAGGAUUAUGCAAAACAAGCAACGGUGUGUAGAAAGCAAAAUGAAUCUUAGACACGCAUUGAUGUAAGAAAGCAUACUUAAAACCUGUCAGUGCUACUCCAGGCUGAAUUCUUGUAGAAUGUAAUGUAGUUGGUAAUCGCAACGACGAAUCACUCAAACAGCCCCCUUAGGCUUAAGCGUUGGCCAACGCUAGGAUAUUGAAACCUAAAGUGUCGUAAAGAAGGACGAGUUGUAUAAAAUUGUAUAUCGGAUGUGAGAAAUGCGACAGCAGCUAAACCACGAAGUCAAGAUGUGGAAGAUUGUAUUGCAAUGAAGCAAGUAGCUCAGUCUUCAAGUGAAGAAUUUGCAGACGGAAAUUGGCAAACACGAGCGAACUUUGGAAAAUAUUGUGAGGUUUAGUUGAACCAUGUAAACGCGAUUGUUUAAGCGUAAGAUUUUGGACGACAAUAAUGCGAAGGAAUGUAACUUCAACAUAGCCAGAUCGCGGUCAAUAGACUGUAAGGAUGAUGCAUGUAGAGGCAGUUCAACAGUGAAGUGUCAAUUACGUAACAAAGAAUAAUGUUCGGAAUAAACCAC